UGACAACCGCUAUAUCCUGAACCUUCUGAGCUUUAAGAUAAUGCGCGGAUUCACAUGCAUCUAAAACAGCGGGUAAGCUUAUAUAAUGAUCACAAUGAGUACUUCAUCUAAAAAAAGAACCGCCAUAAGAUUUUUAGCAUUUUUACCCAGCUUUUUGAAACAAGGAAAUUACAGGUUCAUAAAUAAUAAGCAUGAAUCAAUGAACUUAAAACAAUAUGGUUACAUGUAUUACACCUGUUUAUCUUGUAACAAAGGUGCCUUCUAUGUUAUAGCAGAUAUAAAUGUGCGUAAUAAAAGAGUCCUUUUGUCUUUUAAAUUUACAGCUUAUAAAAAAAAAGGCAAGAUUCAAUAAUGUAUGUCCACUGGGAAGGAAAUCCUCGAUUGAUAGAGGACCAUUAUAUGAAAUGGUACCUGAUGUCUGACUUGACUGACUACCUCUAUAGCGCCAGGUAUUGCAUAACUACCUCAAAAGGCUCCAAAGUAAAAGAAAGGGUGGUACCUAUGGUGCUACAAUCCACACAAUUACCGGCCACUCGAGAAAAAAGGUUUCCUCUAACCGGUCAGUAUCUUUGUCAGUCUCAUGAGCCAUGGAGAGAGAAAAUAUAUCGUUUAGAGAUUAAUUUGAAUCUGCUAUUUGAUAUAUGCGUACUUCCACCGCCGUAUGCAUUGGAUAAGACUCGAGGCAAAAUGGAAGGGGAAACGCUAGAAAUGAUUGAUCGUUUGCUUCAGUAUAUUUUGAGCGCACCGGACACGAUUUAUACCCAAGAUUUAUUCGAAGAUUAUUACAAAGUUGUCUGGGUCGAAGAUAAUGGUGUCGUCAUAAACAGCUGAUAAAUUAUUAUUAUCAGUCAUGCCAAGAACUACAGAAUCUUAGUAUGGUUAUUUUUAAGUUGUACAGCCCAUAUUAUUAGCAUCAAGCUGCCGAUGAAUUAAUUAAACAAAUUUAGUAAACAUCAAAGCUUGAACACUAUCUACGCCAUUUGAAUUCAUUUUUUUUUUUUUUUGAAGCUGUGAAGAUGCUCAUACAAUAAAAUAAAACCAAUAUGAAAC